CCGGUGAACUUGCUCGCAAUCGACAUUGUCAGUGUCUCCGGCAAAUUGUUUCUCUCUCUCUCUCUCUCUCUCUCUCGACAUUCGUGUUUAUUUUAUUUGCAUAUCCUGCGUGAUCGUGAAAGGGAAAAAACAAAACGUGAACAUUUUUUUUUUUUGAGACUUCAGUGCUGUGAAAAAGAAAACAUUAUUUUUCUGAACUUGGAACGUUUCGUUGAAGCUUUUGGUGUUUAAAAAAAAAAAGGGCCAACUAGACCGAGAAUGAUUUAAACCUGCCAUUGGACUCGCAACUUCAAUUCAAAACAAAAAACAAAGGAAAUCACUAUGAGCUCAACUUGUAGUGUUCCAGCAACAGCGAACCGCGCAUUACAACCUCAUUCAACUGGAAUUCCAGCAUCAGACAACCGCGCUACGAAACAAACCAACACCCACUCCAUUGAAAACGGCGGCAUCAGCUACGAAGGCCGUUUAAGUUUACUCGAUUCGGCCGUUGCGCUCAACCCAUCCGCAAUGGAAUUUGAUCAGGCCGUCGUGUUGCGCCGGAUCAAAGCCGAGUGCGACAUGCUCGAUUUUCAAUCCAUCCACCAUCACAACCACAAAGACAAUUUCAUGGGCGUCGACGUAACGGCCCUGCCCCUCUACUCAGACGGAUUCAGUCCGAACCAUCCGGCAAACGGAUCCACUGCCGGAGGAUUCCCAUCCGUCGAUGGAAUUCAAACCGAACCACAAGCCGCGGACGGUAGCGCUAUCAAAACCCCCGAAUUUCCAUCCACACCCGUUCGGCAGCCAUCGACAGCCAAUGGAAUGAUGACCGACCCUUCCGGAAGCAACACGAGACAUCAAAACGAUUCCGGCAUUUCUCCCGGAUCGACCGGAGCAGCCGGAUCGACAAAUUCAAGCAACGACGACACGAAAAAACGAAACGGAAAUUCAGAGAGUUGCGGAGAAGAUCCGACAGCCGGAAGCGCUGCUUCCGGAUCGCCCUACAGCGACCAUUAUUCAGGAGAUGAGCGUCGCAUGCUGCUGACCCCGACGGAAGAAGACGACGAUGACAUGAUGGAAGACGGAGCCGAUGAUGAUGACGACGAUGAGCUACUCGAUGAAGAGGGUAGCAGCCGUGGUGCAAGUUCCGACGUCGUCGGUGAGGCCCUCUCUCGUCUCGAACGCGCACUAAUGACCCAGACGGGCGGCAACGGAGUCAUGGCGGAUGGAUCGUCCGUACCGGGUGGUUCCGUCUAUCAAUGCAACAUGUGCUCCUACUCGGCCACAUCGCGAUUCCAUUUCCAGGCUCAUCUAAACAGCCACUUCGAUGUCAAGUGCACCUAUUGCGAUUUCACGGCCCGUACGGAAGGAAAAUUAAGAGCCCACAUCCGAAACGCCCAUUCCGAUGUCGCAGGACUGGACGACGAAAUGGGGAAUUCUCGAGUGCCCAGGGUAACGACCCAGGGGAAAUUGAAAACGCACAAGUGCAAGCAUCCGCAAUGCGGAUUCGUCGCCGUCACCAAACUGGACUUCUGGGAGCACACGAGGACGCACAUCAAAGCCGAGAAACUGCUGACCUGCCCGCACUGCCCGUUCGUCACCGAGUACAAACACCACCUGGAAUACCACACGCGCAAUCAUCUCAAUUCCAAGCCGUUCAAGUGUCCCAAAUGCAGCUAUUCCUGCGUCAACAAAUCCAUGCUCAAUUCUCACAUGAAAUCUCACUCCAACGUCUAUCAGUUCCGCUGCAAGGAUUGCGCUUACGCCACAAAGUACCAGCACAGUCUGAAACUCCAUUUGCGCAAGUACGGCCAUACUUCGACAUCGAAACUGAGCGACUUGGGCCCCAUGGAUGGAUGCGAAAUGGAAGUGCGCAAACCUAAAGGCCGUCGCAGUGCAAAAAAGCCCCGCCAAUCGAAAAACAGCCAGCGAAACGCAGACGCCAUGACACCAAACUCCGUCGCAACCUCCGUUCAAAGCAACGAUCCAUCCGGAUUUCAUUCAAACCCGUCCGUUACUGGAAGCUCACCUUCCAUGGCCCUGCAGCAAGCAUUUAAUUUCCCCUUGUACCCCGGAACGCACCAUCCGCUGUUAAACCAGCCCCAAUCGGCCGCAAACGAUCAGGAAAAGAAGAUCCGCAAUGCUUCGACGGAAGAAAUCAAAUGCGGAAUGUGCGAUUUCUCUACGUCGAACAAAGAUCACUUCUCACAGCACUUACUGGCCCACGCCGCCGCGGCCGACCAGCAUCACAGAGAGCUGGCCAAUUUAUUCGGAGUCAUUCCGGCGGAUGUGCUCAAUUCCCCACCCAAUCCGCCAUCGAAUCAAGUCCAUCAGCAAUCGGUGACUCCGCUCAAAGGCUCGUCCAGCACUCCCCAGCAGCAUCAGAUGAAGGAUUAUUUCAGCUGGAUGCUGGCCAAUCCGACUUUGCUCUUCAGCACGCCGACGGCGGCCGUCGUCCAGCACCAACAAUUGACGGAACGUAAAAAAUCGUCGGACACGAGCCGCACACCCACGCCGGAAGUACCCAGGCCCACCGCUACACCUCCAGCGACUAUCGCGCCAUCUAGUAGACCCAAUCAGACACCGCUAGACCUGAGCCGCGAAAAAGAUGAAUUGCCUCCGGCAUCCGGCGGAGUUGCAAAUAAACACAGACGCAAAGGACAAGCUUUCAAACUGGAACGUUCGGCCGCCGCUGCGGCGGCGGCGUCGUCGUCUCCGCGCCACAUUGCGACGCAAUCGCCAUCUACCGCCAUGUCGAGUCAACCGCGCGAAUCGGCUGAAGAGGACGACGACAUGGAAGAAGAUGCGGAAGACGAAGAAGACGAGGACGAGGAAUGCGAAAAAUUAGAAGAAGCAGAAACGGAACAAGAGGGCAAAGCGGGCUCGCCAUUGUGGCGUCCCUCAUCGAACCGGAAAGAAAUCCGCAAACAGCGCAACACCAAGUGUCUGCCGGGCGGAGGCGAGUGGGGAGGAGCCUAUCAGUGCUCCUACUGCGACAUCGCCUUCAAAGAUGUCGUCAUGUACACGAUGCACAUGGGCUAUCACGGGUUCCAGGAUCCGUUCACCUGCAACAUGUGCGGCCAGUCGACUCACGACAAACUGGCCUUCUUCCUCCACAUCGCCCGUUCGUCGCACAGCUAGAAAAAGCAAACGACACUAGCGACGCUGUUGGCGCACUGUCCAUCCUUCUAAGUCAUCCGCACGUUUCUUCAAGUGUAUCAUCCAAAUUAGAGAUAAAAACAGAUCAAAAGGGAGUUAAAAUCAAAAUUGCGUGUAAUUUUUCUUUUCGAAUUGUAAUUUAGUUUGAAAUGCUUGUGCCACUUCAUUAGCUGUAGUUAAAUAUCCGUCGCCCCUAGUCAGACGCGCCCUCUUUAUUUCAUAAAUGUCUCUAUUAUUCAAGUGUCUCAUUAAAAAUCCAUUUCAAAGUUCGAGGAGACGUGAAUCUCCGAAGGAAAAAAAACAUGGAAAAGUUAAAGAAAGAAAAACGGGUAUAGAACGCGAAUUGAUUGUCAACAAGCGGAAGUUGAAACGAAUCGGAAAUGUAGCACAAGAGUCAGCCUUGCGUUUUUAGCUUUAUGUCACAAGAAAACACUUGAACGAUGGCCAUCAAUUUGUUGAUCACUAAACGUAUCAGUGUUGUACUGUAUAAACAAGACGAAAAUAUUUGUUGUGUGUGUGUUUAAAAUGCGAUUCUUGUUCUGUAUUUCUUUCAUCGUUUUUGUGAAGAAAAAAAAAGAAUCCUAUUUCAAUUUGCCGUUCUGAAAAAUUGAAUGUAAUCCAAGUGAAAGGACUGGAAAAGAAAAACUGACGAUACUCGUUGGAUGAUGGUUAUAUAGGACCAAGUUGAUAAAUGACGUGUCUAAAGAGAUUCUCCACCCCAUUGUCCUUCCCUGUCAUCUAUGUACUCAUCUUUCUUUGUCGUGUGUUGACAGCACGGCUUUUUUUUUUUUUGUCAAAAUGAAUCAUAAUUUCU